AUGAAACGUGGAUUGUGGAUCAUCCUAAAAAUGGGCGACAUAAACGCAUGGGAUAUGAUAGGAGAUGCGCCGUCCGAGAUGAGGUCAUCAUCUUCUCGAGGAUCACGUGCAGACCUUAUGGAAUCACAGAUAUCCCAGCAAAUGAUUAAAAUAGACGAUGCGGAAUUACAAGCACUUGGCUUAGCCAAGGAGGACAUCGCGGAGGAAGCCGAGCGACAACGAGCCGAUCGAAAACGACGGAGCAAAUCACCUGCUCUCGAAUCGAUUCGGAGAGCUUCAAUACAUGUGCUGCAGAAGCUCGGUGUGUCGAAGAAGCGCGAGCAAUUAAUUCCACUUCAAAAAGACACGGAAAUUGAUCUCAUUCCAUUGGAAGCGUGUUGCAAGAGGCCGAGAGAAUUUUUUCAAGAGCCGAAACCGUUCUCAUUCCGUGAUCUUGGAAAGGUUUUUCUACCGUCAGUAGACACGCGACAGGAAAAA